CUGCUGGCGUCAUGUAGCUCGACACAGAGGAGGAGGACAUGGUGGAUUUUCUCGGGAGGCUGUGUAGCGCUUUGUGGCUCUCUGUUCGUCAGCGGUGUCACACCUGAGAUGAAUCCACCGAGGUGAGAAGCUGUCGGGAGGUUUUUUAUUUUGUGAAAUGUCAGGAAACGGAUAUAAACUGGCUUUCCUGCCGCUGCUGUCCCCAGUUUGUGUGGCUAAUGAUGUGGCUAGCCGUUUUGUUGGAGUUGCAGAUAGCUGCUGUAAUGUGUGACUGAAUGUCUCCUUCCAGCCUCCAGCAGGAUCCAGGCUUUGUGUUUCCUCCCCCCCUUUGGACAUGCCUGGGCUGCGGAGCUAGCAGCACGACAUCCUCAGCAUUUUGGAUGAUUGUUUGGCCGAAGAAGAGCUGAUUUAUUACCCCCCCCCCGGACAAGGAGUCAACAUGGGGGAGUCCAGCAUGGACGACGCCAACGUGAAAGUGGCUGUUCGUGUGCGGCCCAUGAACAGGAGAGAAAAGGAAUUAAACACCAAAUGUGUGGUGGAGAUGUUGAAGAACCAGACCAUCCUCCAUCCUAACCUGAGCAAAGCCGACUCCAGGAGUCAGUCCAAGGUCUUCGCCUACGAUUACUGUUUCUGGUCCAUGGACGAGACGGAUAAGGAGAAGUUUGCAGGUCAGGAGGUGGUCUUCCAGUGCCUUGGGGAAAGUCUUCUACAUAACGCCUUCCAGGGCUACAACGCCUGUAUUUUUGCCUAUGGACAAACCGGUUCCGGUAAGUCGUACACCAUGAUGGGUUCUGUGGACCAGCCGGGUCUGAUUCCCCGGCUGUGCAGCGCUCUGUUUGAUCGAACGCAGAAAGAGCAGCGAGAGGAAGAGAGCUUCACUGUGGAGGUGUCCUACAUGGAGAUCUACAACGAGAAGGUCCGAGAUCUGCUCGACCCCAAAGGUGGGAGACAAACUCUGAGGGUGAGGGAGCACAAAGUUUUGGGUCCCUACGUGGACGGCCUGUCUCGACUAGCCGUGGCCAGCUACAAGGACAUCGAGUCUCUGAUGUCAGAGGGGAACAAGUCCCGGACCGUCGCCGCGACCAACAUGAACGAGGAGAGCAGUCGAUCGCACGCCGUCUUCAACAUCAUCCUCACACACACACUCAAAGACCUGAAGUCUGGGACGAGCGGAGAGAAGGUGAGCCGCUUGAGUCUCGUCGACUUGGCAGGAAGUGAGCGAGCAGCAAAGACCGGAGCAGCGGGCGAACGGCUCAAGGAGGGAAGCAACAUCAACAAGUCUCUGACGACACUCGGCCUGGUGAUCUCGGCGCUCGCUGAACAGGGAACGACAAAGAACAAAACCAAGUUUGUCCCUUACAGAGACUCUGUGCUCACAUGGCUGCUCAAGGACUGUCUGGGGGGAAACAGCCGCACAGCGAUGGUGGCGACGGUGAGUCCAGCAGCGGACAACUACGAGGAGACGCUGUCGACGCUCCGCUACGCAGACCGAGCAAAGAGCAUCGUGAACCACGCUGUUGUUAACGAGGACCCUAACGCCCGCAUCAUCAGGGAGCUCAGGGAGGAGGUGGAGAAACUCCGAGUCCAGCUGACUCAGGCAGAGUCUCUGAAGGCUCCGGAGCUCAAAGACCGUCUGGAAGAGUCCGAGAAGUUGAUCCAGGAGAUGACCAUCACCUGGGAGGAGAAGCUGCGUAAAACGGAGGAGGUAGCACAGGAACGCCAGAAGCAGCUGGAGAGUCUGGGGAUUUCUCUGCAGUCUUCAGGGAUUAAAGUUGGAGAUGAUAAAUGUUUUCUAGUCAACCUGAACGCUGAUCCUGCUCUCAAUGAACUGCUGGUGUACUACCUGAAGGAACACACCAAGGUGGGCUCAGCAGACUCUCAGGACAUCCAGCUGUGUGGGAUGGGGAUCCAGGCGGAGCACUGUGUCAUCGACAUCGCUGCAGAAGCUGCUGUCAUCCUCUCCCCGUACCGCAACGCUCGGACCUGUGUGAAUGGAUCUCCAGUAACCAGCGCUCUGCAGCUUCACCAUGGCGACCGUAUCCUCUGGGGAAACAACCACUUCUUUAGGAUCAACCUGCCCAAACGACGGCAUCGUGGUGCAGAGGACGAGGAGUGUGAGGGCGGCGUCAUGAAGAACAGUGGCAGCAGCGAGCAGCUGGAUGCAGACGGCGACACGGCCAGCGAGGUGUCCAGUGAGGUCAGCUUUUCUUACGAGUUCGCCCAAACGGAGGUGAUGAUGAAGGCGCUGGGCAGUAAUGAUCCGAUGCAGGCGGUCCUCCAGUCUCUGGAGAGGCAGCACGAGGAGGAGAAGCGCUCGGCUCUGGAGAGACAGAGACAGAUGUACGAGCAGGAGCUGCAGCAGCUCCGCAGGAAGCUCAACCCCGACCGUCUGUCCACCAACAACUCUGCAGGACAGACGUGUGUCCAGCAAGCUCCGGGACAGCAGUCUCACUACCGCAGCCUGGAGAGACUCAGUAUGGGAGGGAUGAGCCAUUCAAGCAGCGCCCAGAGCAGACUGAGGCAGUGGAGUGAGGACAGGGAGGCCGUGUUGGUGAGGAGUCUGCGGAGGUUGAGGGAGCAGAUCGUGAGGGCAAACCUCCUGGUACAAGAAGCCUGUUUCAUCUCUGAGGAGCUGGAGCGACACACAGAGUACAGAGUCACUCUGCAGAUCCCAUCAGACAACCUCAACGCAAACCGCAAGAGGGAUGCGGUGCUCAGCGAGCCGGCCAUUCAGGUUCGACGGCGGUGUCGAGGGAAGCAGAUCUGGAGUCUAGAGAAGAUGGAGAACCGUCUGGUCGACAUGAGAGAGCUGUACCAGGAGUGGCAGGACUACAACCACAAUAACCAAGACAACCCUAUGAUGCGCUCGUAUUUCCGGCGGGCAGACCCGUUCUUCGACGAGCAGGAGAACCACAGUCUGAUCGGUGUCGCCAACGUCUUCCUCUCCUGCCUCUUCUACGACGUCAAGCUGCAGUAUGCAGUUCCCAUCAUUAACCAGAAGGGGGAGGUGGCCGGGCGUCUCCAUGUGGAGGUCGUGAGGGUUGGAGGGGCGUUAGAGGACAGCAUGGCCGGAGGAGAUGAAUCCGACAACAACCAGGACUCUGAAGUCCAGGAUCGUAAACUGGUCUGCAUGAUUAAGAUCCUUCAGGCCACCGGUCUCCCCCAGUACCUGUCCAACUUCGUCUUCUGUCAGUAUGCGUUCUGGGAUCAGCCUGAGCCCAUCAUCGUGGCUCCUGAGGUGGACCCGUCGUCCUCGUCGCCCAGCACUAAGGACCCUCACUGCAUGGUGGUGUUUGACAGCUGUAAGGAGCUGGCGGUGCCUGUAUCGGAGGAUUUCAUCGAGUACCUGACUGAAGGGGCGGUCGCCAUCGAGGUGUUUGGGCACAGACAGGCUGAUGCAGGAAGAAACCCCGCCCUGUGGGACCUCAGCAUCAUCCAGGCCAAGACCCGCACGCUGCGAGACAGGUGGAGUGAGGUAACACGACGUCUGGAGCUAUGGAUUCAAAUCCUGGAGAUUAACGAGAACGGAGACUUCGUCCCUGUGGAAGUGGUUCCUGCUCGAGAUGUGCGGACCGGGGGAAUCUUCCAACUCCGACAGGGUCAGUCGAGGCGGAUCCAGGUGGACGUGCGCUCGGUUCAGGACUCGGGCACCAUGCCUCUGAUUUCAGAGAUCGUGCUCGCCGUGUCGGUGGGAUGUGUGGAGAUCAGAAACACGACAGGAAGCCAGGAGGCGGAUGAGAUGGACAGUUACCAGGAAAGAGAUCUUGAACGUUUGCGGCGCCAGUGGUUAUCUGCUCUCACCAAGAGACAAGAGUACCUGGACCAGCACCUGCAGAGCGUGGUCAGCAAAGCAGAAAAGAGCGAGGACGAUACGGAGAGAGAGGCCCAGCUGUUGGAGUGGCGCCUGACUCUGACGGAGGAGAGGAACGCCGUCAUGGUGCCCUCUGCUGGCAGCGGGAUUCCUGGAGCUCCGGCUGAAUGGGUUCCUCUUCCGGGCAUGGAGACUCAUAUUCCUGUCCUCUUCCUGAACCUCAAACCUGAUGACCUCAGCUCUCAGGACCAGUUUGAAGUUCCUGAAGCCGGAGGCUGGGACGCCACGCUCAGCGGAGAGGACGAGGACGACUUCUUUGACCUGCAGAUCGUCAAACACCACGACGGAGAGGUGAAGGCGGAGGCUUCAUGGGACUCCACGGUGCACGAGUGUCCACAGCUCAGUCGCGGGGGGGCGUGGCCAGAGCAGCGGGUGUACCUGACUGUUCGAGUUGUGGUUCAGCUCAGCCAUCCUGCCGACAUGCAGCUGGUCCUGAGAAAGAGGAUCUGUGUCAACGUUAACCCGGGACGCCAGGGUUUCGCACACAACUUCCUCAGACGGAUGUCCACACGCAGCAACAUCCCCGGCUGUGGGGUCACCUUCGAAGUGGUCUCCAACAUCCCCGGGGAUGCUCCUGGAUCAGAGGACAGGGAGAUGCUGGCCCGUCUCGCUGCAAGCGCUCCCAACAGUCAGUCUGGUGAUGAAGAGGCCGCCAUCGAGAAGUACCUGCGCAGUGUGCUCAGCCUGGAGAACAUCCUGACCCUCGAUAGACUCAGACAGGAGGUGGCAGUGAAGGAGCAGCUGACGAGCAGAGGGAGGGGCAACAGACGGAGCAUCAGUUCUCCUUCAGUCCACAGGCUGUCUGGGAGCAGACAGGACCUGUCCACAACCUGCCUGCUGGACGACAAGGGUCGAUGGGAGAGUCAGCAGGAUAUCUUCAUGCCCUCUCAGUUUCAACGGACCCUCCCCCGGCCCGCCUCCUCCCCCUCCACCUACUCCACCUCGCCUUCUCAGUCCCCGACUCCCUUUGGCAUGACGCCCCCACAGGAGCCCGAGCAAGGUCGUUCAGGACUUGCUGCCUCUUAUCUUUCAGUUAAAGCGCUGGUCCCUCAGAUGCCCAAACUGCUCAAGUCUCUGUUUCCAGCACGGGACGAGAAGAAGGAGCUGAGACCUUCACCGCCCAGCCAGCAGCACGUUCCUCGCAUCAUCACGUCUGGAGGAGACGACAACAGAGUCAAGACUGACACGACUGUUCAUCUGCGGCCCCCGACCAAAGACAGACGGUCAGAGUUCCCAGAGGUCCCUCCUCUUCCUGUGCAUGACCCGCAUGACAUCACCCCCCUCAGCCCCCUCAGCCAGUCGUCGAGCGGCUACUUCUCCAGUAGUGUUUCUACAGUCACCCUGUCCGACGUCCUCCAACCCUCGUCUUCCUCUUCCUCCCUCCUCGCCGCCGAGACUACGUUACCCACAAACCCCCAGCAGCAGGGUGCUGACAGGAACGAUGUUGUGACCUCUUCUUCUCAGCUCGGCACCAAGAUGGCCGUCGUCGCUCCCCCUCCCCUCAACAGCUCGGCCAAUCACAACGACCUCACUGCUGAAAAUAACGUCUCUGAACACAAGCUCGACUCAGGAGGAGAAGGAGGAGGCAGCGGCGGCGGCGGCGGGGGCUUUGAGAGGCUGGAGAUCUUUGUGGAUGAUGAAGAGCGUAACCAAGACAGCGCACUCCCUGAUUGGCUGACGGACGGGGCUUAUGUGACAGUAGGAAGCAAUAAGGCGGGGACAGUGCGCUACAUGGGAUCCACACAGUUUGCUGAAGGAGUGUGGGUGGGGGUGGAGCUGGACACACCUGUAGGUAAGAACGACGGCUCAGUCGGAGGUCACAGGUAUUUCCACUGUAAACCGGGUUAUGGAGUCCUGGUUCGCCCAGACCGUGUGUCCUGCCGCGAUCAGACCGUCCGGCGCACGGGAGACUUCUCCGCUCCAGCUCACGUCCCCGUUCUGCGAGGAGAAGCCAUCAUCGCCCGCCGGGGGGGGGAGAACCGCAAGUCCUGGAGCAGUUGAGACCGGAAUCCUCGGAGCUGUAAGGGAGAGACGACCUCCCCUCGGCCCUCGCUCUCCUCCCAGCUAUGCAACGGGCUCGCACGCCCUCCUUUAGUUUAAACUCUUAACCAUCCAACCUCAGAAAGAGACUGAGGAGAACCAUCACCCAGAAUGCAAUGCACAUCUAAUAAUAGUCCAUGGAAGGACUCUUUAUCACGUGGGAGAAUAACGGUGAUCGGUGGGAACGCCGCUGAGAGCGAAUGGGAGUCGAUCGCAGGUGAGUCGGAGCUCUGAGGGGUUUUGAUUGGACGCUGCAAACCAGAGGAGGUGCUUCCUGGGUGAUAUGCAGGGAUGCAAACUUGUCACAUUUUAAGGCACGAGUCGCCUUUUUUAUGCAAAAUAUUUAAGACUGGACUUGCUGAUAAUUUAAUAAGGUCAACAUUUAAAGGAUCUUUACGUCUCUUUGUUGUUUUCUAACUUAUUUUGAUUUGAUAUUUUAAAGCUCGUAGGAAAGAGAUUUAUAACCACGUUCUUGUUAAAGUCUUAAUAACUGUCUUUUUUGUUACUUUUAUAAAAUAUAUCUAAUCGUGCUGCGUGAUCUUUAUAAACGAGGAGGAAGAUGAAAUACGCUUUUUUUAGGAACCUCGAUAAAGUAGAAAAAAAAAAAAAGCUCCGAGCACGCCGGUCAUAUCGAGAUUUUCACCUGUGAUGUCUUUGCAUCCCUGGAUACGACACGAUACCCUUCUGAGACUCCAAGUCCCAGAAUCCCCUGCUCCAGCUGCAACUCUCCUGAGCUCUCCUGGUCUCAUCUGCAAACGGGACACUUUGACUCUCUGUCCUGGACCCGUGUCCUCCUGGACUCAUACCCUCUUGGACUCAUGUCCUCCUGGACUCGUACCCUCCUGGACUCAUAUCCUCCUGGACUCGUACCCUCUUGGACCCGUGUCCUCCUGGACUCGUACCCUCCUGGACUCAUGUCCUCCUGGACUCGUACCCUCCUGGACUCGUACCCUCCUGGACUCGUACCCUCCUGGACUCAUAUCCUCCUGGACUCGUACCCUCUUGGACCCGUAUCCUCCUGGACUCGUACCCUCCUGAACUCGUGUCCUCCUGGACUCGUACCCUCUUGGACCCGUGUCCUCCUGGACUCAUAUCCUCCUGGACUCAUACCCUCCUGGACCCGUGUCCUCCUGGACCCGUGUCCUCCUCCUGGACU